UCUUUUUGUGCGCAAAUAUGUCACCUGGAUUAAAACCAUAAUAAUAUGCGAUAGACCAGGACCGGAAAUACAAACUUGGAUAUAUUUGGAAACGUCCGUUAUAUUGGCUGAACUGCAGUGAAGCCACACACACCAAUGGGGUCCGUUGUCACAAUGCGUUCUUGUCACAGGUACGUGCUGCUCGUAUUUUUCCUUUCUUUCAUUCCUAACAUAUCGUCUUCAGUGACUCAUUAUUCAAUACCAGAGGAGAUGAAAGAAGGUUCAGUUGUGGCAAAUCUUGCUACAGAUCUCAAUCUGGAUGUCAAAACACUGAAUCAGAGGAAGAUGCGUCUGGACAUCAUUGCAAAUAAGAAAUAUCUGGACGUGAAUAAAGAGACUGGGGAGCUGUAUAUUGUGGAGAAGAUCGACAGAGAAUACCUGUGCACAUCGAAGUCGUCUACGUCUUGUUAUCUUAAACUGGAAGCAAUACUGGAAAAUCCACUUCGAAUUUUUAACAUAGAAGUAGAAAUUCUGGAUAUGAACGACAACGCCCCACAAUUUCGAAGAGACGCCAUUCAUUUAGAUAUUUCUGAAGCGACACCUAAAGGAGAGAGAUUCUCUUUGAGUAAUGCAGUUGAUCCUGAUGUUGGAAGCAACUCAGUGAAAACAUACCAUCUGAGUGAAAGUGAACAUUUUAAUAUUGAAGUUCAGACCGGAAGAGAUGGGUCGAAAUUUGCUGAGUUAAUUUUAACAAAGACUUUAGAUCGAGAGCAGCAAGCUGUUCAUAAUUUAAUACUCACAGCUGUAGAUGGAGGCACACCUGCUCGAUCAGGUACGGUCAGCAUUAUUGUUCAUGUUCUGGACACUAAUGAUAAUGCUCCGACAUUUGACAGAGCUACUUACAACAUAAAGAUGAUAGAAAAUUCUCCCAUUGGAAGUCUCGUUGUUCAUCUCAAUGCUACAGAUUUAGAUGAGGGGUCAAAUUCUGACAUAACAUACUCAUACAGUUUAUAUACGUCAGAGAAAACACAAGAAACAUUUCAUCUGAAUCCUUCCACUGGUGAAAUCACUGUUAAAGGAAUGUUAAAUUAUGAAGAUUUCAAAAUCUAUGAUAUGGAAGUGAUAGCCACUGAUAAAGGAGCCAAUAGUUUGUCAGGACAAUGUACAAUAAAGAUUAUUGUGGAAGACAUGAACGACAACCACCCAGAAAUAUCUAUUAAAUCAUUUCAGAGUCCAGUCAAUGAGAACAUAGAAUUAGACACAGUGAUAGCUGUAGUUAGUGUCAGUGAUAAAGACUCAGGAGACAAUGGAGUGGUGGAUCUUCAUAUUCCAGAUAAUAUGCCUUUCAAACUGAGGGAGUCCUCUGAUAACUAUUAUGAAUUAGUGGUGUCAGAGCCGUUAGACCGUGAGAAGGUCCCAGAGUAUGACGUCACGUUCACCGUCACAGACAGAGGUUCUCCUCCUUUAUCUGACAAUGAGACUAUGACGUUAGAGCUGCUGGAUGUUAAUGACAAUGUUCCACAGUUCCCUCAGUCGUUUUAUACUAUACGUGUGAUGGAGAAUAACGCACCUGGGGCCCUGCUCAGCUCACUCACUGCGUUUGACCCUGACCUCCAUGAAAACCAGUAUCUGGUUUAUUUCAUCCUGGAGAAGGAGAUAGCCAACACCUCCAUGUCCAUGCUGUUCUCCAUCAAUCCAGAGAACGGGAAUCUUUACGCACUGAAAACUUUUGACUAUGAGAUCGAGAAGGAGUUUCUUUUCCACAUCGAGGCCAGAGACUCUGGCUCUCCUCCUCUCAGCAGUAACGUCACCGUCCACAUCAUCAUCGUGGACCAGAACGACAACGCUCCGGUCAUUGUGUCUCCGUGGCGCGCACACGGCUCUGUGGUGGAGGAAAAGAUCCCCAGAUCCACCGAUAAAGGCUCUCUGGUUGCCAAGGUGAUAGCAUUGGACACCGACUCGGUGCACAACUCUCGGAUUACCUACCAGUUUCUACAGGUGACUGACGCCACCUUGUUCAGUCUGGACCAAUACAACGGAGAGAUCCGGACUAUGAGGAUGUUCAGUUACAGAGAUCCGCGCCACCAGAGACUGGUUGUUAUCGCCAAGGACAACGGGCAGCCUGCUCUCUCUGCUACAGUCACCAUCAAGCUGUCCACAGUGGAGACUGCCGUGAAGGCCUACUCUGACCUGACUGAGGUGCCUCUAGAAUACGACAUCUUCUCGGACCUCAACCUGUAUUUGGUCAUCGGUCUGGGCUCGGUGUCUUUUCUGCUGCUCAUCACCAUAUUGGUCACCAUCGUGCUCAAGUGUCAGAAACCCAAGGCCAGCAAAGCGGCUCCUCCCUGCAGGAACAGUGUGCUCAGUGAGAGGAACUCCACCAUCGCAGACUCCACUCUGGUGUCCAACGAUGCCUACUGGUACAGUCUGUUUCUAGCAGAGACCAGGAAAGGGAAGCUGGUGGUCAGACAGCCUGUGCCAAAGGGCUCCAGAUACAUCGUGUCCAGUUUACCGAGAGGCACAGGGCUGACAGACACUAGUGACUCAGCUGCUUCUACUCUGCAGUGUCGCUGUUCUCCAGUAAAAUAUCCCUAUCGGUGACUUCAUAGGCGCCAU